AUGCCCAGGCGAGCUCCCUGGGGGGCGCUCUCCGUGGUCCUGAUGCUGGUCUGGGGCCACCCUCGAGCGGCGCUGGCCUGUCCUCACCCUUGCGCCUGCUACGUUCCCAGCGAGGUCCACUGCACGUUCCGGUCCUUGGCAUCUGUGCCUUCUGGGAUCUCCAAACAUGUGGAAAGGAUCAAUCUGGGGUUUAAUAGCAUACAGUCCCUGUCAGAAACAUCAUUUGCAGGACUGACCAAGUUGGAGCUACUUAUGAUUCAUGGCAACGAGAUCCCAAACAUCCCGGACGGAGCUUUAAGAGAUCUCACCUCCCUACAGGUCUUCAAGUUCAGCUACAACAAGCUGAGGGUGAUCUCAGCACGGACGCUCCAGGGUCUGUCCAGCUUGCUGAGGCUGCACAUCGACCACAACAAGAUCGAGUUCAUCCACCCGCAGGCAUUCAGCGGCCUGACAUCCCUGCGGCUGCUGCAUCUGGAAGGGAACCGGCUGCAACAGCUGCACCCCGCCACCUUCUCCACGUUCUCCUUCCUGGACUAUUUCCGACUCUCCACCAUACGGCACCUCUACUUAGCGGAGAACAUGAUCCGCACACUCCCCGCCGGCAUGCUCCGGAACAUGCCGCUGCUGGAGAACCUCUACCUGCACGGCAAUCCCUGGUCUUGCGACUGCGAGAUGAGGUGGUUCCUGGAAUGGGACGCCAGGUCCAAAGGGAUUCUGAAGUGUAAGAAGGACAAAGCCUAUGAAGGCGGCCAGUUGUGCGCCAUGUGCGCCGGUCCCAAGAAGCUGUACAAACAAGAGAUUCACAAGCUGAAGGACGUUGCUUGUUUGAAGCCUUCCAUAGAGUCCCCCCUGAGACAGAACAGCAGCAGAGAUACAGAGGAAGAGCAGGAACAAGAGGAGGACAGUGACAGCCAGCUGGUCUUGGAGGGCUUCCAGCUCCCCCCGUGGAACAUCUCCUUGAACAUGACCGAUGAACAUGGGAACAUGGUGAACUUGGUCUGUGACAUCAAGAAGCCCAUGGAUGUGUACAAAAUUCACUUGAACCAAACGGAUCCUCCAGAGAUUGACAUAAAUGCAACGGUCGCCUUGGAGUUUGAGUGUCCGAUGACACGGGAAAACUACGAAAAAUUAUGGAAAUUGAUAGCGUAUUAUAGUGAGGUCCCCGUGAAGCUCCACCGGGAACUCAUGCUGAGCAAAGACCCCAGAGUCAGCUACCAGUACAGGCAAGACGCUGACGAUGAUGCUCUUUACUACACGGGCGUCAGAGCCCAGGUUCUCACAGAACCAGAAUGGGUCAUGCAGCCGUCCAUAGAAAUCCAACUGAACCGACGUCAAAGUACAGCCAAAAAGGUUCUGCUCUCCUACUACGCGCAGCAUUCUCAAACCAUGUCCACCAAAGACAUGACGCAGGCUCAGAGCAAAAGCUGGGUAAUGAUUGAGCCAAGUGGGGCUGUGCAAAGAGCUCAGACGGUCCUGGAAGGGGGGUCGUGCCAGCUGAGCUGCAAUGUGAAAGCUUCUGAGAGUCCGUCUAUCUUCUGGGUGCUUCCAGAUGGCUCCGUCCUGAAAGCACCAAUGGACGAUCAGGACAGCAAGUUCUCCAUCCUCAGCAGUGGUUGGCUGAGGAUAAAAUCAGUGGAUCAGUCUGACUCUGGUUUGUAUCACUGCAUUGCUCAGGUAAGAGAUGAAAUGGACCGGAUCGCAUAUAGGGUGCUUGUGCAACCUCCCACCUCUCAGCCCCCUGAGAGAGACAUGGUGACAAUUGCCAAGAACCCAGGGGAGCCAGUGAUGUUGCCUUGCAGUACCUUGGCAAUACCUGAAGCACACCUUAGCUGGAUUCUUCCGAACAGAAGGAUAAUUCAUGACUUGGCUAACACGUCACACGCGUACAUGUUGGCAAAUGGAACUCUUUCCAUCCCAAAGGUCCAAGGCAGCGAUGGUGGUUACUACAGAUGUGUGGCCGUCAACCAGCAAGGGGCAGACCAUUUUACUGUGGAGGUCACCGUGAGGAAGAAAGGAUCUGGAAGGUCAUCCAAGAAAGGUAGACGUCCAGACUCAAAAGCUCCUUCCAGAGUGAGAGAAGAUGUCGUGGAGGAUGAAGGGGCCUCAGGCAUGGGAGACGAAGAUGAUGCUUCCAGGAGAAUUCCACAACCAAAGGACCAAGAAGUGUUCCUCAAAACAAAGGAUGAUGCCAACAUGGGAGACAAGAAAGCCAAGAAAGGAAGAAGAAAACUGAAACCCUGGAAGCAUCCUGAGAAAGACCCAGAGACCAACAUCGCAGAGGGUCGCAGAGUGUUCGAGUCCAGACGAAGGAUAAACAUGGCGAACAAACAGAUUAAUCCUGAGCGUUGGGCAGAUAUUCUAGCCAGAGUCCGUGGGAAAAAUCUCCCUAAGGGCACGGAAGUACCCCAGGUCGUUAAAACCACUACUCCUCCAUCCAUAAGUCUAGAAGCAACACCUCCUUCCCCAGCUGUUUCUCCCCCUUCCUCAUCUCCCGUGCAGACAGCAACCAAUGCCAAAGAAUCCUCAGCAGAUAUGUCUCUAUUUGGUGAGGAAGAGCAGGUGUUGAGUACCGUUUCCUCACGCAGGAAGGCACUGGAGCACGACAGCAAUGGAGCGAUUCUUGCUGACUCCGAAGUAACAAGCACACCAUUGGAAGAAGUUAUUGACGACGCAUUUUCUGAGAACGUUGAGGAGAUAUCUCCCACUGAAGUUGACAUGAAGUGGGUUACAGACCCUACACUGAUAUCUGAUCCUUAUGAAUCCUCUUCUGCUCUAUACACCCUGGACACAGUCUACGGAGAGCCUGCCCACGAAGAGACAGCAACAGGGAGUUGGACAACAGCAGAUGUUGGGUCCAUGCCAGAGCCCACGUUGAAUGAGUAUGAGCCUCCGCUGAAUGUUAUCUCCUUGGCCGAGUCUGAGACUAUGCAAUACUUUUACCCAGACUUGGAGACUAAUUCGCAACCAGAUGAGGACAAGAUGAGAGAACCGACCUCUGCACACUUUACGCCAACCCCCGUUGUGUGGGUUACUGACCUCAGUACAUUGGAGUCAUUUGAAGAUUCUGCUUUAGGAGAACGAGAGGUCCCAGGCCAAUCACAUCUACAAGGACUCACAGACAACAUCCAACUUGUGAAAAGUGGUUUAAGCACUCAAGGCACCCCACUGAUUAAAAAGGAUAUAGAGGAAAAGUCUCAGGCACCACAGGAAGGAGAUAUGCUAGAGAGAGACCCCACAAACUCCAGAAGUUCUGAGGGUGAGGGGCAAGACAUCAAAUCCAUCACUCUGCUGGAUUCCACAGUGGGAGUGAAGAGCAGCAUCCCUCCUUUCAAUCAGCCUGGGGAAACCACACUUGGCACCGUCUUGGAUAGAGAUACCACCACAGCAGCAAUGAUGACACCAAGACAAAAUGCCACUGCACCGGCGGCAAUGCCCACUCACCCUUCUCAAAGAAGACCCAAUGGGAGGAGGAGAUUGCGCCCCCACAAACCUCGCCACCGGCAUAAGCAAACCCCACCGACAACUUUUGCCCCAACAGAGACUUUUUCUACUCAACCAACUCAAGGACCUGAUAUUAAGAUUCCAAACCAAGUGCAGAGUUCUCUGGUUCCUACAUCUUGGGUUGAUAACCCAGCUAGUAUCCCAAAACAGUUGGAAAUGGAGAAGAACACAGAAGCCGUAUCCAAGGGAACUCCACAAAGGAAACACAGGAAGAGGCCGAACAAACAUCACUAUACCACUUCUACGGUGAGCUCGAGAGCAUCUACAUCCAAGCCUAGCCCUUCUCCAGAAAAUAAAUACAAAAAUGUUAUUACUCCCACUUCAGAAACUAUAUCUUUGUCCAGAACUGUUCCUCUGAGAACUGGAGACUCGUAUGAGGUAACUGGAGUGGAAGAUUACAUGACAACCACCACAAAAAUACAUUCAUCUCACCAUAACGUCCAAGAGACACUUCCAGUCACGUCUAAACCUGUAUCGGAUGGAAAAGAAAUUAAGGGUGAUGAUGUCACAGACAUCAAAGAUUAUAAAACUGACACUUUAGUCCCCGGUGAGUCAAUCAUUAAUGUCAUACCAACUUAUGGCUGGUUGGUCUCCACUGUGGGAGAAGUCUCCACUGAGGAAGACUCCCGUCCUGUAGGGUUUCCAGGAACUCUAAGCUGGAAUCCCCCAACGACAGCCCAGACUGGGCAGCUGGAGAAAGACACUCCUGUUACCAGUUUUGGAGAAAACCGUACAGAUCUUCCCCUUUUGAAAGAGCUAGAGGAUGUGGAUUUGAUUUCUGUGUCUUCACCUUCUAUUACAGUCUCAACACCAUCUCAACAAGAAGAAGUUGGUGCUUCGACUACUCUCACAAGCAUGAAAGUAGAGUUGUCUUCAAGUCAGGCAGAAACCACCACCCGUGGGCAGGAACAUCAUGAAACCACUGUGGCUAUCAUUCACCCUGAAACCAGGUCACAGAAUCACAUCCCUACUCCUGCUCCCAGGGAGAAGCCAACCUCCCUGUUCCUACCCACGACUCUUGUGUCUUGGGCACAAACCACCACUAAGCCAGCACUUAUUACCUCGAGAACAUCUCCAACAUCUACAGAUUCCAAGGAAAAUGUUGUCUUGAAUUAUGUGGGGAAUCCAGAAACCAAAGCACCCCCAGUGAACAAUGAAGGGACACAGCCUAUACCGAGGCCAAACGAAUUAUCUACCACUUCUUCUAACCAGGACACAUCUGACUUGUCUCCAAAGCAAGAGCUGGGAAAGGAAGUAUUUGACAGUAGGAGCAACAACAGUCUCCCACGAAGCCCAGAGAGGCACCCCCAGGAUGGGGGAGCCCACGUCUCUUACCAACCAUCCAGAGUCCCUGCCAAACCUAUCCCACCACAGGGAACAGUUCGGCCACCUGAUACGGCCACACAAAGCUCCUCUAGAGAUUUCGUAACAUUACAGCCUUCCCGUCAUUUGACCAACAAACCGCAAAUAACUAUGUCUCCUUCAAGGGCUUUGCCAGGGAGCAAACUCUUUUCCACUCCAAAAUUAUCAACGACAACAACUCCUGUUCCAUUACACGUGUCCAAACCCAACAUUUUUACCAAAUCGGCAGACCAAAGAACUGACCGAUUCAAUGGCUACUCCAAGGUGUUUGGACAUAAUAACCUUCCUGAGCCAAGAAACCCAGUUGGCAGGCUUCCGAGUUCAAGAGUUCCUCAUUACCCCAGUGGAAGACUUCCUUUCUUUAUCAACAGGACACUCUCUUUCCCGCAGCUGGGAGUCACCGUGAAGCCCCCGGCAUCCACCUCUCCUGCCCCAGUGACGAGGGAGAGGAUAGUUAACCUGGGUCCGUACAAUAGGAUACAUUCCCACAGCACCUUCCACGUGGACUUUGGUCCUCCAGCUCCUCCACUGCUGCACCCUCCCCGGACCAUGGCAUCACCCUCAACUAACUUACAGAAUACCCCCCUGGUUUCUCCCACCCGGAGCUCCAUCCCCUUUGUGACAUCUUCUGUCCAGUCCUCUGGAAGCUUCCAUCAGAGUAGCUCAAAGAUCUUUGCUGGAGGACCACCUGCAUCCAAAUUCUGGACACCCGGAGAAAAGCCCCAGAUUAUCACCAAAUCCCCACAGACUGUGUCUGUCACUGCCGAGACGGACGCUGCGUUCCCGUGUGAGGCGACAGGGAAGCCCAAGCCUUUCGUUACGUGGACCAAGGUUUCCACAGGAGCCCUGAUGACUCCCAACACCAGGGCACAACGGUUCGAAGUCCUCAAGAACGGCACCUUAGUCAUCCGCAAGACGCAGGUGCAAGACCGCGGCCAGUACCUGUGCACGGCCAGCAACCUGCACGGGCUGGACCGCAUGGUGGUCCUGCUGUCGGUGACGGUGCAGCAGCCCCAAAUCCUAGCUUCGCACUAUCAGGACGUCACCGUCCACCUGGGAGACACCAUCGCCAUGGAGUGCCUGGCCAAGGGGACCCCGGUGCCCCAAAUCUCCUGGAUCUUCCCUGACAGGAGGGUGUGGCAGACCGUGUCCCCCGUGGAGGGCCGCGUCACGCUGCACGAAAACCGGACCCUGUCGAUCAAGGACGCGUCCUUCUCAGACAGAGGCGUGUAUAAGUGUGUGGCCAGCAACGCAGCCGGCGCGGACAGCCUGGCCAUCCGCCUGCACGUGGCGGCGCUGCCCCCGGUCAUCCACCAGGAGAAGGCGGAGAACAUCUCGCUGCCGCCGGGGCUGAGCAUCCACAUCCACUGCACCGCCAAGGCCGCGCCCCUGCCGAGCGUGCGCUGGGUGCUCUGGGACGGGACCCACAUCCGCCCCUCGCAGUUCCUGCGCGGGAACCUGUUCGUCUUCCCCAACGGCACGCUCUACAUCCGCAACCUGGCGCCCAAGGACAGCGGGCGCUACGAGUGCGUGGCCGCCAACCUGGUGGGCUCCGCGCGCCGGACUGUGCAGCUGACCGUGCAGCGCGCGGCCGCCAACGCGCGCAUCACCGGCACCUCCCCGCGCAGCACCGACGUCAGGUACGGGGGCACCCUGAGGCUGGACUGCAGCGCCUCGGGCGACCCCUGGCCGCGCAUCCAGUGGAGGCUGCCCUCCAAACGGAUGGUGGACGCGCUCUUUAGCUUUGAUGCCCGAGUCAGGGCGUUCGCCAACGGGACCCUGGUGGUGAAGUCGGUGACCGACAAAGACGCCGGCGAGUACCUGUGCGUGGCCCGGAACAAGGUGGGCGACGACUACGUAGCCCUCAAGGUCAACGUGGUGAUGAGAGCGGCCAAGAUCGAGCAUAAAGAGGAGAACGACCACCGGGUCUUCUACGGGGGUGACCUGAAAGUGGACUGCGUCGCCACCGGGCUCCCCAACCCCGACAUCUCCUGGGGCCUCCCCGACGGCAGCCUGGUCAACUCCUUCGUGCAGUCGGAUGACAGCGGGGGACGCACCAAACGCUACGUCGUCUUCAACAACGGGACGCUCUACUUCAACGAGGUGGGGAUGAGAGAGGCAGGGGACUACACCUGCUUCGCCGAAAACCAGGUCGGGAAGGACGAGAUGAGAGUGCGGGUCAAGGUGGUGGCUGAGCCCGCCGCCAUCCGGAACAAGACGUACCUGGUGGUCCAGGUGCCCUACGGAGACGUGGUCGCCGUCCCGUGUGCCGCCAAAGGAGAGCCCGUGCCUAAGGUGACCUGGCUGUCCCCGACCAACAGGCUCAUCCCCGUGUACUCGGAGAAGUACCAGAUACACCAGGACGGCACUCUCCUGAUCCAGAAAGCCCAGCGCUCCGACAGCGGGAACUACACCUGCCUGGUCAGGAACAGUGCCGGCGAGGACAGGAAGACCGUGUGGAUCCACGUCAACGUCCAGCCGCCCAGGAUCAACGGCAACUCGGACACCAUCACCACCGUGCGGGAGAUCGUGGCGGCGGGCAGUCGGAAGCUCGUCGACUGCAAGGCGGAAGGCAUCCCCGCCCCGAGGGUCCUGUGGGCUUUUCCGGAAGGCGUGAUCCUGCCGGCCCCCUACCACGGAAACCGCGUCAGUGUGCACCGCAACGGCACGCUGGACAUCCGGCAGCUGAGGAAGAGCGACUCGGUGCAGCUGGUGUGCAUCGCACGCAACGAGGGCGGCGAGGCCCGGCUGGUCGUGCAGCUCACCGUCUUGGAGCCCAUGCAGAAGCCCGUCUUCCACGACCCCACCAGCGAGAAGAUCACGGCCGCGGCCGGCCACACCAUCAGCCUCAACUGCUCGGCCGCGGGGACCCCGACGCCCACCCUGCUGUGGGUGCUCCCCAACGGCACGGAGCUGCAGAGCGGCCGACGGCUGCAGCGCUUUUUCCACAAGGGCGACGGCAUGCUGCACAUCAGCGGCCUGUCCUCGGUGGACGCCGGCGCUUACCGCUGCGUGGCCAGGAACGCCGCGGGCCACACGGAGAGGCUGGUGUCUCUGAAGGUGGGGCUGAAACCGCAGGUGAGCAGCCAGCACCGCAAUCUGGUGAGCAUCAUCAACGGAGAGACCCUGCAGCUGCACUGCGUGCCCCCGGGGGACGGCCGGCAGGGACGUGUCUCCUGGACGCUUCCCAGCGGCGUGGUCUUGGAGGGCCCCCACGCCCUCGGACGCUUCUCCCUCUGGGACAACGGCACCCUCACGGUGCGCGAGGCCUCGGUGUUCGACAGGGGCACCUACUCGUGCAGGAUGGAGACCGAGUACGGCCCCUCGGUCACGAGCAUCUCGGUGAUUGUCAUCGCCUAUCCGCCCCGCAUCACCAGCGAGCCCACGCCGGUCAUCUACACGCGCCCCGGGAACACCAUCAAGAUCAACUGCAUGGCCAUGGGCGUCCCCAAAGCCGAGAUCACCUGGGAGCUGCCGGACAAGUCACACCUGACGGCCGGAACGCAGGCUCGUCUCUACGGCCACCGAUUUCUGCACCCGCAGGGAGCGCUGACCAUCCAGCACGCCGCGCAGAGGGACGCCGGCUUCUACAAGUGCACGGCGAAAAACGUUUUGGGGAGUGACUCGAAAACGACUUACAUCCACGUGUUCUGA